AUGAACACUAGAACAGUUUUUGGGAAUGUUCGUCGACUUUACGCUACUUCUGAAAUGGCCGUCAAGUCACGGAGACGAAGAACUCAUUUUUCCGAUUCGUUGAACAAGGGCCCGUCAUUCGAUGACUUCGUCUCUGGAAAAGCAUCAGAGAUGCUAGUUGAUCCAUUGGAAGCAGCGAGGACAGAUACAGAACAGAAAUUGCCCAAGUGGCUUAAAGUUCCUAUUCCGAAGGGGAACUCUUUUCAGAGUGUCAAAAAGGAUGUGAGGGAAUUAAAACUAGCCACAGUUUGCGAGGAGGCGAAAUGUCCCAACAUAGGUGAGUGCUGGGGCGGUAAAAAGUCUGAGGCAACCGCCACGAUAAUGUUGCUAGGUGAUACGUGCACGAGGGGUUGCAGAUUUUGUUCUGUGAAGACAAAUAGAAACCCAUCAAAGCCGGACCCCAAUGAGCCGGAGAAUACUGCCGAGGCCAUAAGCCGCUGGGGACUUGGUUAUGUCGUACUCACAACUGUCGAUAGAGAUGACCUUAUAGAUGGUGGAGCGCAGCAUCUUGCUGAGACAGUUAGGCGGAUCAAGCAAAAAGCGCCUCACAUUCUAGUUGAAGUGUUGGGGGGUGAUUUCAGGGGAGAUCUCAACAGUUGCGAUAUUUUGGCGGCCUCUGGGUUGGAUGUUUACGCACAUAAUUUGGAAACGGUGGAAGCUCUUACACCGCAUGUUAGAGAUAGAAGAGCCACCUAUAGGCAAUCUCUCUCCAUUCUAAGAAGAGCGAAGGAAACCAACCCUUCAUUGGUGACAAAAACUUCAUUGAUGUUGGGGUUCGGAGAAACCGAUGAGAUGAUCGUCCAAACGUUAAAGGAUUUGCGUGCUGUCGGUUGUGAUGUUGUAACGUUCGGUCAGUAUAUGCGUCCUACCAGAAGGCAUAUGAAGGUGGUAGAGUACGUGCGGCCAGAAAAGUUUGAUUAUUGGAAAGAGACAGCUUUGAAAAUGGGCUUCUUGUAUGUUGCAAGUGGUCCUUUGGUCAGAUCAUCGUACAAGGCAGGCGAGGCGUACAUUGAAAACGUUCUUCGCAAUCGCAAGCAUAACGUUGGUGAAAGCCCCCGGUCUCUUUAA